ACCUCUUCACACGCAUGUUCCUCCAUUGCCUAUAAUCAAUUUUAAUAAUAUAUCUACUGUAUGUAAGCACCCUCAUUAUAUUUCUCCUGAGUGUAACCAUUUAAUAAUUGAACAAGCAAAAAUGACUUCAGCAAGUAGCACCAGUGCACGAUCAUUGUUCGCCGACUCUAAAAUGAGACUUGCUGAACGUGUCCAAGUGAAUGUUAACUAUGUUGCAUCCUUGGUCCGACAGAUAGUGAGGGGUUCAAAAUCUAAUGAAAUUUUAAUGCAUUCAGCUAGGAAUUUCGCCUUGCAAGAACAUACCAUUGAGAACACGGAAGCAAAUCUGAAGAAAUUGCAAACUCUUUGUAAUAAUUUGGGACAGCAGCAGGAUCAUUUAAUACGAACUUGCCAGCAAAUUGAAGAGGUCAAGGAACAAGUCCAAGCCAUGCAAAGAUGAAUCUAGGGAAAUGUUUUUAUUAUAUUACUAUUGUGAU